CAGUCGUCAGUCAGUUGCUCAGUUACGUCGGUCACUGACGGUAUCGCUCUGCUGCUCGUCGGCCACCGCGCAGCGCGCUUGUAACAAGUAAAUUCCCGCCCGUUUACGAUCGUUGACACGUCGUCGAGAUUCGAAAGUAACAUACGAUCACUCGCGAUAACGCAUCGAUGAUCUUCGCGAGAUCGUAAUCGCGCGACAGAUAAAGCGAGAGAUCCUCGAGUGCACCCUUGCAAUUUUUUGCUCUCGCGCGCGCUAUUUGGAUUAAAAGCUGCUGAGACAAGUACGUCGAGGACACGGAAUCACAAUGCUCCGGCAAAAGGAUUGUCAUGUCGCCCUGGUAUUGCUCGGCUGCGUCAUUUUCCUAUCGAUGACUACCGCGGACAAUAGCGUUCACAUACUAUCGAAGUACGCUCAUCAGCCGCUCACCUCGACCACGCUCAGGUGGCUGCCGGUGGCGCAUUACAACCCGAACGAAUCCAAGCAGAUAGUCAUCGGUGGUUUCGAGAACGUGUCAGACGGCGAAGACGAGACUUAUGCCAAUCAAGCAGAGAAACCAGAGGCGAGGAGGCCGCUCUACGUGUGCCGCGCAAUGCACAGCAGCGUCUGGGUAGCUGGCACGCAGAAGGAUAAGGAGAAGGUCUGCACGGUGACGAUACACGGCGUUGUGCAAUCGUACGAGAAAUACGAGCUGCUGGAAAACAUCGACGGGGCCGCGCGUACCGCGUGGGACCACUGGGAUAGGUUUGUGCAGUCUCCCCUGGGCGCAGUAUGCGUCGACAAGACCUGGCUGGUCGCCCGACACAUGGUCUCCAAGAACGAAAAGGACCCGCGAUACACCCACUACAUCGGCACGCUCAGCUCGACCGAGAACUUCGGCACCAUCGUCUACGUGAACGAAAACGGCAAGGAAGAAUCUGCAAAGGCUGGCGAACUGUUGGUGGAGACGGAGCCGAUCCGUUACGAGCUGAGCGCCGUUAAGCUCACCUGGCCUAAGCAGCGCGAUAUUAAACCACGCAUAUCACGCAUACUCAGCAAUGUGACGAUCACCAAUCAUGGAAUGGAACCGUCGGACUUGGCGGAAGCUUGCACAUACACGUACAAGUACGCGAUCUACUGGGGUCGUAGACACGCUAUCCUUAACGGCCUUAACACCACGAUCACGCUGGCUAACGGCACGUCCUUGCCGAACAUAACGUGGGGUAUGCGCGACGAGAAGAAUCGUACGGAGGCAUACAACGUGGUAGUCUUCCUGGAGCCCGGCACGGGUGUGAACGUGACAUUGAAGGCAAAUUACACGGACAUGGAAGUACCGUACACCGCGACGUUGAUCUCGCACUACGAGGACGGCGCGACGAUGUCGCGCCCGAUCAGCGGCACUCGACAGGAGGAGACCUUGCUCGACAUCGUGCCGGAAUUUGGGCCCGUCUACUUUCUGAGCAAUUACAGCGUGGUGCCGACCACUGUACCACCACCUACCACGACCGAACCGCCGACCACGACAGUCACGCCGACAACGACGAUGCAGUCGCAGGAGACGACGCACCGACCUCGACAAAUGGGAAACGCGGCAGACACGGCGGAUCAUGACGAGAAUAUGAUCGUACCGCCGAAGAAGAUGGACGCAUCGAAUAUGCAGAAUGACGACGGCGGCCCAUUGUCGCUCAAGAACAAGGGAGAUUAUUCCGGUGUCGCGUGCGCGAAGUCGAGCCUCUUGACGCUCGUCGCUUCGCCGCUGCUGCUGUUGAUCCUUCACAGAAUCACGUGAAGAUCCGAUCAUUGCGCGUCAUCUCCUCUAACGUUAAUUUCCUCAAUUUCCCCGCAAUAGUAAUAUAUAACCCAGUAGACGUUCCGAAGGAAACAAAAAAGAUUUAAAAAAUAUUUAAAAAAAGAGAAAAAAAAUAAUACGCGGAUUGAGAGUAUUGCUGUAAUUUGGUAUGCGAUUAUAGCGUGAACGACCCUUCUUUAUUUGAACACGCACUCGCUGAAUCACAUCGGCACCUCGCGGUGCUGAUAUGCUUGCCUUUAAAAAAACUCGAUAUAUAAUAUAUAUGAUACAUAAAUAUCUAUACAUAUAUCUUAUUACACACAUCUUAGGAUAGCACAACAAGAAAGAUGUAUCUUCGCGAUUGAAGGAUGAGCUAGUCUCGAUGAGUCAAGUAUAAGGGCGACAUUGCAGCGACUAUCGAUACGUGAUUUGGAUUAACUUGAUCGCGAAACGUUUAUCCGUUAUACUGUUGAACAGCUGAUCGCUGUAACACACUGUGACAUUCCGUCUUUUUCUAAUCCCGCUGUGAGUCAUGACUUUCCAACUAUAAUGUAUUAUAUCCUAUGCCUUUGCAAAAUGUAAUUCUAUAGAUCCUUUAGAAGAUCCUAAUCGCUUUAAAAAAAAUGAUGGCACAUUCUUUAAGAAUUAUUAUGUCUAGGGAGAGAGAAAGAAAGAGAAAAAUUAUACAAUUGCCGCGAAUAAUGUCUUGGAUAAGUAAUAGCAUAAUAUAACGUCGAAAGGUGAAGUAGAAGUUAAGCACAACGGAAGACAAAAAAGAGCAAGAUAUGCGAGUUGAUUCAGCUACGAUAUAUUUUUGAGAGAUUGCCGAUAUAAUUUUAGACGAUUGUAAAAUUUAUAAGGAUAGCAAGUAAGAGAGAAACGUAUAGUAAGAGAGUGUAAAAGUGGAUGGGUACACUUGAGUUCUCGCAAUAUUAAUUCGAUCAAAUUCCAAAGCUAUAUUACAGCGAGACGAUGAUCGUGCAAAUCGCAAUAUACGCAAUAUAACACAAUAAAUAUUUUCUUUUAACUUUAAAA